CUGGCCUCUCGCUGCAUGUGGAACCCUCCCUUAUACCGCAGGGUUUCCUGAAGGGGGAUUCUGAGUGCACCUGCACCUGUGCCCUGCUGCCUGGCUUCCAGCUGAGCCCAACACGAGAGAGAUGACGGAGAACGGUUCAGCGGUGGCCAACGGCACGCAGCCACGGCGAGAGGAGCUGAAGGUGGUGGUCGUGGGAGACGGAGGCUGUGGAAAGACCUCGCUGCUCAUGGUGUAUGCCAAAGGAAACUUUCCAGAGAAAUAUGCCCCAUCUGUGUUUGAAAAGUAUGUGACCACCGUGUCCCAUGGAAGGCGGGAGAUCCAGUUGAACCUCUAUGACACUGCAGGUCAAGAGGACUACGAUCGCUUGCGGCCACUGUCCUAUCAAGACGCCAGCCUCGUGCUGGUCUGCUACGAUGUGACCAACCCCAUCAGCUUUGACAAUGUCUUAAUCAAGUGGUACCCAGAGGUGAACCACUUCUGCCGUGGUGUCCCCAUUAUCCUGAUCGGAUGCAAAACAGACCUACGGAAGGAUAAAGAGAAAACCAGGAAGCUCAAGGCCAUGGACCAGGCCCCCAUCACCUAUAUACAGGGUGAGGAGGCAAGCCAGCAGAUCAAUGCGGAGGUGUACCUGGAGUGUUCAGCCAAAUACAGUGAAAAUGUGGAAGAAAUCUUCAGGGAGGCCACCAAACGGGCCCUGGCAGCCAAACGUAGGGCGAGACACGCCCGCAAAAAGACGAGGGCGUGUUCCAUCCUCUGA